AAGGACGCGACUCGCAGCCCGGCUCUCAGAAGCCCGUCAUGGAGUUCUAUUAUUUAAAGGUCAUUCAUCUUCCUCGAAAACCCAGAUUUCUUAUGGAGUUAUAACACCAUAGCGACCCCGGAUAAACUUGAUUUCAUCAAUUCACACUAUCUACUUCUUAUAGACCAUCAACUAUCACGGUUAAACCAUGAAGACCUCUACGUCCUUGUUCUCCGUCAUCGUAGGCAUCUGUUUGGCAGGUGUUCAGGCUGAACUGCCCUACAACAUGCCAGAGUGGCGGAGAGGAGCCAGCCCCCCUAUUAUCCCAUCAGAGCACCCGACAUGGCAAUACCCUCACCACCAACCUACUGGUGAACCGCAUCACCCUCAUCCGACUAGUGUUCGCCUACCUGGCCAUCACAGACCGCAUCCCACUAGUUACCCUCAACCUACCGGAACUACUAGUCCUCACCAGCCUUGCAAGACUGCUGCUGACUGUGUAUACCUUUCUUGCACGCAGCAGAUGCCUCGAAGUGAGCCCACAUGCGUCCAGAGCCGGGUUGCAAGGUAA